AUGGGUUAUCCUGCAGGUUCUCAGGCCUGCCACGAAUCGUUCCCGCUAAAGGACUCGAAGCGCCUGAUUCAGUUUUCGGUUCAGAGGGACAACUGGACUCCCACUAAGUAUUCGUUUCUUUGCAGCGAGCAUUUCACCAAAGACAGUUUUUCCAAGCGCCUGGAGGACCAGCACCGCCUGCUCAAGCCCACCGCCGUCCCUACCAUCUUCCAGCUUGCGGAGAAGAAAGACGACAAUCUGGAUUAUGUCCGAAGCAGAAGGAAAGUAGCGAGCCAGGCAGCGCUGCAGGAUGGAGACCGGUCGAGGGAAGGAGCCUGUGAGGUAGUUCAGAGAACGUCCUCUCCUGGCCAGGACCUGAUGGUGAUGCAAGGGACUAAAGAGAUGGAGGAGGCGACUUUGCAAGCUGAAAUGGGGCCGAUGGCUAAGAAAGAAGAGAGCAUCUACAGCCAGCUGGAAGGGCCUCGGAGAAGGACUUUAGGGGAUAAUUUAAUUGCAAAGACGGGUCCUCAGAAAAAGCCCGAGAGAGCUUCCAUGGAGGACUGUCCCAGAGGCACGCGGACAGGGAGCUGGCUGGCGGACAGGAGCGGCAUUUUGGCUGACGACUUCACGCCCCCCGCGCCCGGCGCCUGCAAGUUCAUCGGCUCCCUCCACUCUUACAGCUUUUCUUCCAAGCACGCCAGGGAGAGGCCGUCGUUCCCAAAGGAGCAGCUGGAAAGGAAAAGGCCAAAGCGGGACAUGGAACCAAGCUGCAGCAGCAACCUCGGGGGACACGACAAGACCUUGGCAGAAGGCUCCCCUACUUCGUCGCUGACCGCGACCCCUCAGAAACCCGCGCAGAGCUUGUCGGCGUCCCCGGCGGACCUCACCCCGCAGCCCGCCGCGGAGGCCGCCGUGGGGCACCAGGGCGACACGGACGCCAACCCCAUGUCCAUCAACGAGGUGAUCAUGUCGGCGUCGGGAGCGUGCAAGCUCAUCGACUCGCUGCACUCGUACUGUUUCUCCUCCAGGCAAAGCAAGAGCCAGGUGUGCUGCCUGCGGGAGCAGGUGGAGAAGAAGAACGGGGAGCUGAAACUGCUGAGGCAGAGGAUCAGCCGCUCGGACAGCCAGGUCAGGAAGCUGAAAGAGAAGCUAGAUGAACUGAAGAGGAUCAGCUUCCCUUACUUGAACAGUCUGCUGUCACAGGACUGUGGUCAGUAUCUCCAGUAUCUUUGCAUGGAGGCAGAAUGCAGAUUUCUUUUUGUUUAA